UACUAAUCACAGUCCGGUGAUCCUGCAGCGAUGAGGUCGCGCGCUAAAGACAAGAAGGUAAAGGAGAGAAGAAAACGCAGUAGAAAGAGUAAAAAGGGUAAAAAAAGUAAAAAGGAGAAGAGCUUACCAAAGAUUCGAAAAAGAUCAUCCAAGAAAAGUGAAAAAUCGAAAAAGAAAUCUUCUGCUUCGAAAAGGAAACGCAGCAAGGAUAAGGCUCGAGCUGGGAGUAGAAAGAAGCUUUCGUCACCGAGACGCAUACCAGUUGAAAGAAAAAAACGUAAGCAUUGGAUAGAGGAGGAGUUUUUACAACAAGAAGGCGUACAGGGAGAGAAAUUAGAACACAAAAAGGAGCCUGAAGCUCAAGAGAAAGAGAAAAGAAAAAGCAAUGAACCAGUUUUGCCAGUGAUGGACACUCAACAAGCCACCUCUGAGAGCAAAGAGAAAAAAAAAUCGGAUGAGAGAAUGACAGGUGCAGUUGCUCCCGAAUCGCCAGCAUCCUUACCUCCAGUGCCACCACCACCAGCUGACGAUUACUUUCGAAUAAAACCAGCAGAAGGAGACAAGCGUCGAACUGAUACUGAAGGCUUACGAGACAAAAUUUACGGCAUCAAACCUGAAAAACCACCUGAGCGGUUAAAGUCAUCUCCGCCAAUACAAGGAACCCAAGAGGAUAAAUCUGGUUCUAAACCCAAAGUGUCAUCGCAAAAAGAGUCCGUUUCGAUCUCUAUAACUGGGCUUCCUGCACCUGCAAAAGUUCCUGCAAAGAAGCAUGAAACACCGGAGCUUCCAACAAUGGGCGACCGUCUUCGAGUUAACAUUGAUGAGAUUCUUCGUCUUGGCGCAAUCAUGGAGCGACGAAAUAUGAGUACAGCGAAAAAGGCGUCAUUUGAAUGGAUUGCUUUGAAUCGCACCAAAGUCAAGGAACAACCCGAAGCUUUCUCCUCUCACCUAAUCUCAGCAGUUGGAGACGUACGACUCGAGAAGUCACUAGCUUGUGAUGCGUUGAAUGUGCUGAUGUACCAACACACAGUCACUCCAGACGAAUAUUUACGUCUAUGUCAACACUUAGAAACUGUACAAACAAUAACAAUCGGAUUACUUGCGCAACUUCUUAGAACCAACACACAAUAUUACAGUUCAUUAGGCAGUCAACGUUCGGAUGUGUUGAAUAUGGAUGCUGCCUACCGAUAGAAUAAAUGAAUAGUGC